GUGCCUAGUCCCGGCAUGCAGUGCGCGCGCUGAGCUGGAGGGGGCGGAGACAAGAUGGCUGACGGGGAGCGGAGGAGACACCUGUGUGCGCUGGUUCUGGCCCGCGGGGGGAGUAAGGGGAUUCCACUGAAGAACAUCAAGGACCUGGCGGGGAGGCCGCUCAUUGCUUGGGUGCUGCGCGCCGCGCGGGAUUGUGGGGGAUUCGAUAGUGUGUGGGUCUCCACUGAUAAUGACGACAUUGAGGAAGUGGCCCUGGAGUACGGAGCCAAGGUUCAUCGCAGGAGCCCCGACGUCUCCAAAGACACCAGCUCCUCCCUAGAGACCAUCCAGGAGUUCCUCAAGCACCACCCAGAGGUGGAUAUUGUGGGGAAUAUCCAGGCCACCUCCCCCUGUCUGCACCCCGAAACUCUCAGAAAGGUGAUUGAGAUGAUCCGCAGGGACGGCUACGAUUCAGUCUUCUCUGUAGUCCGACACCAUCUCUUCCGCUGGUCCGACGUCAGUAAAUCAGGAGGAGAGACCAAAGCUGAGAACUUUAACCCCAACCGUAGGCCCCGGCGUCAGGACUGGAAUGGGGAACUCUAUGAAAACGGCUCCUUUUAUUUUGCGACAAAGGAACUAAUUGCACAGGGGAAACUGCAGGGAGGAAAAAUUGCUUAUUACGAAAUGAAACCGGAACACAGCGUUGAUAUCGAUAUUGACCUCGACUGGCCAAUCGCUGAGCAGAGAGUGAAAAGGUAUGGCUAUUAUGGGAAGGGGAAUCCAAAGGUGGUGAAGCUCCUGGUGUGUAACCUCGAUGGCUGCCUCACGGAUGGGCGGGUCUACGUCAGCCGAAAUCACGACUUACUCUCCUACAGUCUCAAGGACUUGGAUGGAAUCCAAAUGUUGCAGAGAAAAGAGGUGGAGGUACGUUUUGUCUCAGAGAGGGACCUGGGCUCAGCACUGCUGGACACCCUCAAGCUUCCCUGUAAGGUGGAGACCAAUGUGAGUGACAAGAAGCAAGUGGUGGAGCAAUGGAUGGAGGAGCUGGGAUUAUCCUGCUGGGAACAGGUCGCUUAUAUGGGGUGCAGCUAUUCGGAUGUGCAGUGCCUGAAGUUGGCGGGUACCAGUGGGGUCCCAUAUGACGCCUGUGUGGAAGCCAAAAUGACCGACUGUUUGGUGUGUAAAUAUUCCGGGGGAGGCGGCGCAAUCCAGGAAUUUGCUGAAUACAUUGAACAUUCCAAGGAGUCGAGGAAGCGGAAGUUUUAUAACAACCAGGAAUCAUGAGCCUCGUUACCAUCAGCAGAUCCCAGUCCUCCCCAUUGUUGGGGGUCAGAGAGUCCCUCUAUAUAAUCACAGUUUUAAAACCAUCAAAAAAAAAAUGUUAUUUUAAUUUUACGGGUGUCAAUGAGAAAUCAGUGGAGGGGUGACGUGAUUGGUCUUUAUUAUUAUUUAGGGGUGUUCCUGUUUGUCAAAGACGCGCUUACCCUCUCCAGGAGACAACUAUGGAUUGUAGGGAUGCACCGAAUCCACUUUUUUGGAUUCGGCCGAACCCCCGAAUCCUUCGUGAAAGAUUCGGCCGAAUCCGAACCCUAAUUUGCAUAUGCAAAUUAGGGGUGGUAAGGGGAAAACAUUUUUUACUUCCUUGUUUUCUGACAAAAAGUCAUGCAAUUUCCCUCCCGCCCCUAAUUUGCAUAUGCAAAUUAGGAUUCGGUUCGGCUGGGCAGAAGGAUUCGGCCGAAUCUGAAUCCUGCUGAAAAAGGCAGAAUCCUGGCCAAAUCCCGAACCGAAUCCUGGAUUCGGUGCAUCCCUAAUGGAUUGUACUAAAGAGAAUCUUGUGUUUCCAUGUGGGAGCUGCCAUAGUGCUGGUCUUAGACACCAUUGACGUCUUGUAUCCCCGAGCCUGUGAUUGGCUGAAGAGCUGUUUACAUGAGUCUGUUGCUUUAAGAGACCGUUUACACCUAUAGAUGGAGGCGGCGCCUUGUUUACAUUACUGGUUCUGUAUCGUUUCUAUGGAUAUAGGAAAUAUUCCCUUCUCCAUCAGAUACAAUGUACCCCUCGCCCUCUGUGUUAGAUACAACUCUGGGCAUAGGAACUUUCUUUUGUUGCACAAUGAUCUUAAUUGAGGAAACCAAAGUGUUUUUAUUUAUUUUAUUUGUAUUUAAAACCGGGCUGAUCGUUUGAUUUGGGAAAAUGAUUGGAUUUGUGUUGUUUUUUCUUCUUGCAGUAACUGCCGGGUUUCUGUUCUUUUAAUAAAAUAGUUUUAUUUCAA